AUGCUUCUCAACCUUAAUCCUCAACGUAUCAUCCAGGGCAAUGCUUCUCAACCUCAACGUAUCACCCUGGGCAAUGCCUCUCAGCCUCAACGUAUCACCCUGGGCAAUGCCUCUCAGCCUCAACGUAUCACUCUGGGCAAUGCUUCUCAGCCUCAACGUAUCACUCUGGGCAAUGCUUCUCAGCCUCAACGUAUCAUCAUGGGCAAUGCUUCUCAGCCUCAACGUAUCAUCCAGGGCAAUGCUUCUCAGCCUCAACGUAUCACUUUAGGCAAUGCUUCUCAACCUCAAUGUAUCACCCUGGGCAAUGCUUCUCAACCUCAACGUAUCACUCUGGGCAAUGCUUCUCAGCCUCAAUGUAUCACCCUGGGCAAUGCUUCUCAACCUCAAUGUAUCACUCUGGGCAAUGCUUCUCAGCCUCAACUUAUAACCCUGGGCAAUGCUUCUCAGCCUCAACGUAUAAUCCAGGGCAAUGCUUCUCAACCUCAACGUAUCACCCUGGGCAAUGCUUCUCAGCCUCAACGUAUCACCCUGGCCAAUGUUUCUCAACCUCAACGUAUCACCCUGGGCAAUGCUUCUCAGCCUCAACGUAUCAUCCUGGGCAAUGUCUCUCAGCCUCAACGUAUCAUCUUGGGCAAUGCUUCUCAGCCUCAACGUAUCACUCUGGGCAAUGCUUCUCAGCUUCAACGUAUCAUCCAGGGCAAUGCUUCUCAGCCUCAACGUAUCAUCAUGGGCAAUGCUUCUCAGCCUCAACGUAUCAUCCUGGGCAAUGCUUCUCAGCCUCAACGUAUCAUCCUGGGCAAUGCUUCUCAGCCUCAACGUAUUACCCUGGAGGAAACACCGUUAAAGGGAAACUCCGAUGAAGUGAAAGAGUUAAGAGAAGUUGGCUCCUUGUUUCGAGACACAAUGGAAUUAUCCAGUUUGAUCACAGUAGAUUCUGCACAGAAGCAAUGA